CCGCCAUCUUGAUUCUUGAAAAAAAGUUCUGAAAAGGAAGAAUUUGUGAAAGAGGACUUGAAUAGAAAUGAAGGACGUGAAGGAAUAUUUGACUGAGAGACGGAGUGAGAAUGAACCGCUCAGUGGAGAAUGGGCAUUCAUGGCGGAGUUGUAUGAUAAAAGAUUGUGGCAUCAGUUAACACUUAAACUUAUGGAAUUUGUCAAAAAUGAUUAUUUCCUUUCAAAUGGUGGAUUACUUGAUCUCUAUGAGAAUUUUCUAUCUGACUUUGAAAACAAAAUCAAUCCUUUAUCAUUAAUGGAAAUUAUAAUGUCAAUCAUAAGAGAAAUUCAAGAUCCUGAAAGAGCAAUUGAAUUUCUUAACCAACAGAAAGAGAAGGUGAAAGCAAGCCAUGAUGCUCAAGUAUUAUGUCUCACUGCAAUUGGAAAUCUAAAGCUAUCAGAAAAAAAAUUAAAAGAGACAAAAGAAAUAAUAGAAGAAGUAAACACACUUCUUGAAAAUAUCCAGGGUAUUACUACAGUUCACGCUAGAUUUUAUGAUCUGUCUUCUGGAUAUGAUAAGGCCGCUGGUUCAUUCAAUGAUUAUUACAGAAAUGCUCUCAGAUUCCUGGGCUGUAUUGAUGUUGCUGAUUUGCCAGCGAAAGAACAACAAGAUAGAGCCUUCAACUUAGCCUUGGCUGCGUUGCUUGGAAGUGAUAUUUAUAAUUUUGGAGAACUGCUUGCACAUCCAGUAUUGGAUUCAAUAACAAAAACGGACCACCAGUGGGUAGUGGACUUGCUUUAUGCUUUUAACAGUGGUGAUAUUCCCAGAUUUGAGGCAAUGAAAUCCACUUGGACAAAACAACCUGAUUUAGCAAGCCACGAAUUAUUACUGCGUCAGAAGAUCACGUUACUCUGCCUAAUGGAGAUGGCAUUCAAUCGCCCACCAAACGACCGAUCAUUAUCCUUUAAAGAAAUAGCUACCGAUGCGAGGAUACCAGUAAACGAGGUGGAACUACUUGUCAUGAAAGCCCUUUCGAUAGGAUUAAUAAAAGGCUCAAUAAACGAAGUGAACAAGAUUGUUAAGAUAUCUUGGGUUCAACCGCGGGUUUUAGACAGAAAACAGAUAUCCAAUAUGAAAGAUCGUCUCUCAGAGUGGUGUGACAAAACAAAGAAUACGAGUUAUAUGGUCGAAGACCAAGUCCCAGAACUACUAAUAUAAUCUGCAAUUGUAAAUAACGUUUUUAUAGUAUUGUUUUGCCUGUCAGUUUGUUAAAAAACUUGUAAUCAGUUAAAUUUUACUGAACAUCUGUGGUCCAUGAACAAUGCAGAAUAAUUUUUCCGAUACACAAUAAUAGCCUUGUUGUUUCCAUAGAUCGUAAUCAUAGAAAUAAUAGACAUAUUAUUUCUUUGAUCGUAAUUUAUAAUAUCGGUUCAGAACAUGUGUUAAACUAGUUAUUAUGAACU